AUGGAAACCUUGAACAAGAAGAAGAGAAGCAGUCGCGGGCGCCAAAAGAUCGAUAUAAAGAAGAUUGCGAACGAGGCGGCGCGACAGGUGGCGUUCACUAAACGCCGGCAAGGAGUUAUGAAGAAAGCCAGCGAACUUUCCAUUCUAUGCGGCGUUGAGUUCGCCAUCGUCGCUUUCUCGCCGGCCGGAAAGCCCUUUAGCUUAGGUCAUCCGUCCGUUGAAUCUAUCGUCGCACGCUUUCUCGAUCAUGGGAAUGUCGCCGCCGGCCAAGCUCAACAGCCGGCGGAGUGGCAGCUCAACCUACAGUGCGCUGAGAUGGAGCAACGGGUGGAAGAAGCGAGAGAGAGGAGGGCAGUGGCAGAGGAUAGGCUGAGGGCGGCGACAGUGGGUGUGGGAGAAUUAAUGAGGAGAGCGUUGAAGAUGGAAGAAAUGGAGGGGAUGAGUCUGGAGGAGUUGGAGGCGGCAAGAAUAGUGAUGGAUGAUGUUAGGAUGAGAGUGGAGGUCAGGCAGCACGAGCUACUUUUUGCUGCGGCGGUGGCGGCUAGGCCUAUUAGUACGGCACUGAGCACUGUAGGAGUGGAUGAGGUGAAGCAGUUGGAGGAGGGAAUGAUGGUUUCUCAUCCAUUUACGAGCAUCGGUGGGUCCUUUUGA